CCGAGUCCGAGUCCGAGACUUCCAAACCCGCACAGGCCCAGGCGGCUUUCCAUGAUGACGAUGGUAUCAUCACGGAUACUUUUGGGGCAGAUGUGGCCAAGAAACGACGAAUAUGGCACGCUAAGGAGACUUGCAUUAUGAAUGCUCAUGACUGAAACGCUUCUCAUAAGGAUUUAGUGGUGUGAGAGAAGAGGGAAUGGGGAGGUUCUUGUCAUUUCAGCAAGCAUUAUCUUUUUCUUUCUGUCUAUAUUCGUUGCAUUCUCCGCCACAGGAAACACUAUUUUAAUCACGACGUAAAUGCAGACAUAGAGAGAGAGAGCGCGCUUUGUGUAUAUGUACAUUUCAAAUGUUGUUUUUCUUGUUCUGUAUUCUCUUUCCUUAUUCCGACCACCUUCUUUCUGUCAAAUGUAUAUACGACAACGGAUGAAUCAUGUAUCAUGUAGGGAGUUAGUUGUGCGCCUCUCAUCCUUUCUUUCUUUCCUACUUUAUUUUUUUCUUUUUGUUUUUUUCUUUUUUUUCUCUCCUCUCCUUUCGCAUAUCUAUUUACGCGAAGAACACCCUGUUAAAUAGCGGGUAUGUAUCUACAGGAUAGAGCGUCGUUACUGUUGUGUAUUGUGCCACGUUAAUAGAAUGAACUAGCUAUGCACGCAGCUUGGCCGGAUUGGCUUGGGAUACCAUACACGAAGCAUAACUAUACUCUGUUCAAAUACCUCAAGGCAGAGGUGGCCUCAUUUCCUGUGUUUGCAGAUUAAUGAUAACAAUCUGCGGAACAAACUCAU